UCAUUUUCUCGUUGUUGUUAUCAUUUUUUUGAUGCGGUGCGAUAUUAUUUCUCCUUCAAAAGACCCGUGGCCAUCGGGAAGUUACAGCCUUCCAAAACCGAAAUCAGGCUGUCCGGAUUCUUGGAAAGAAGGAUGGUUACGUCAGGACCUUGAGGAUGAUGCAUUAUCCAGCAAUACUACCCGCAGUAAAUUUUCCUCUCAUUUUCACAUGAAUGCAAGCAUUGUCAAGAGAGAAUAUAUUGACAGAGCAUUUUGCACUAAGUUUACUCAAGGAUCGGAAAACCUACAGCGGACCCCAUGGGGAAGAGGUUCUUAUUGUAUAUACAGAAAGCAGGGUUUUUGUCCAAAUGACAUGGUAGGAGGGUCAAUUAUAUGGGAUGAUGAGGAUGAAAAUAAUGGAAAUGACGAGAAAGGCCAUUUGCCCGAUUUAGAUUCUGGUGACAAUACCAGAUUAUUUUACUGUUGUCAAAAUAAAGGGAAAUGGUAUGACUCAAUUCUAUUGCCAACUGAAAAUCCAUUCUACCUUCUACCUUAUGGAUCACGGAACUGUCAACGUGUAAUUGGGGCUGUCAGUUCUUUGGAAUACAUCGUAUAUGACACUGAAGAUAUUUUUAAUGGAGAUGAUUUUGACGGACAUCAUGUAUUCACAGACAAAAACAGCAGUUCGCCAAAAAUGUAUUAUUGCUAUUACGAAGGUUGCCAACACUAUUUCCAAAAUGACGUUGGUUCGUUUGGAUCUCCAAAUUAUAUCAACAGUUUCUAUCCAGAUUUUCAGUACUGUUCUUGGUCACUAACAGUUAAUGCAUCUCUACGAAUUUCCCUGGAAUUUCUAUCCCUAAAUAUUCCUAACUGUGAGGAAAACUCGAUUGACGUUUAUGAUGGUCAAAGUGAUAAUGCCUCAAAGACAGUACAUUUAGCAACAUUCUGUGGGGUUAAUGCCACUUCUGGGGCUAAAGUGACAUCGAGGACAAAUCGUUUAUUCAUUGUUCUUAAAUCCGGCAACAACUCUUUGUGGAAUGAAGAUUUGUCGAAGCGUAUACAAUUUUAUGCUGUGUAUGAAUCUUUCCCCACAGCAGCAGCUUUGAAUAACAACCGUCACUUACGGCAUACUGGAAAUUUGGUGAUUUAUUUAGUAACUUUUUUACCACUCCUGCUCUUACUGAUACUUCUGCUCGUGGCAGUAACGAUAAUUUGUUGGAGAAGACAUCACAAAGAUAAAAAAGAUGUUAACACAGAAGAAGAACAACCACAGAAUGAUCCUGCUGUUGUGGAAGGAUUCGGUGUUGCAGAAAAUUCAGCGUACGAGAAUGACGCCGAUAUGCAGGUGAUUGAAGUCAAUCCGAUCUACCAGGGAAUUGAUGAAAAUGAUUGUGAUCCAACAUAUGCAAUACCAACGAUGUAGACUUGUUUCAGUUGUUUACAGUGACAAUGAAAAGGAUUAUUAAUUUCAUAGAUCAGUAUUCGUUUUGAAACGCAUGAUAAUAUUAAGUUACUUAGUAGAUUAUAGGAAAUAAACAGAAGAGUUGCCUUUUGUCAGAGGCUUAGAUUAUAUCACGAUUAUAUCACGACGUGUGUCUCAUUGAGUAAGUAGUUGCAGUUUAGUACUCCAGCCCUUCUUAUAGUUGAGUUCGGAUUUUAGUCGUGAUAUAGUAAAAUGUAUUUUGGGUGAAAAUAAGCUAUAAUUGAUGACUUGUUACAAGUGUUUGUUGACAAGAAACAGCCUGAAGUUAUUUUAAUAAAAUUGCGCAUGAAAAUGGAAUUUUUUAAAUCAAAUUAAUUUCAUCAGUUAGCCCACGUCGUUCAGAGGUCAACGACAGCGUUAUUACAUCUUCGGGAAGACGUGCAGUCGCGGUGAUUCUGCGUUUCCCCGAGGAAUACUUACAUGCACACGUUUCAUCGCACGAAGAUGAUUUGCAUAAUAUGCGCAUGUCAUUUACUUUUUUAUACAAUAAACAGCUAUAUAGAAAAUAGCCUGUGUGUAGAAAACUUUCUGAUAGUUAUCUUCAUGGCAUAGCAUAUUAGCAUUAGGAUAUUCGGCUGUACGAAGAACUACAGCGAUGUAUUUCACAUGCAGUGAAGGUUAAUAGGAAUCAAAUAAACGUAUAAUCAUGCAAACCAUUAUAUCAAAAAAUAUACCCACUGUUUAUUAUUUUGAAAAGGUCAAAGCUUUAAUCACAGGUGUCCUGUCUUAUGUAAAUUAACUAUAAUAAUAUAAUCAAGCAAAAUAUCCAAGGUGACCUUCAUAACAGUAGAAUAAAUACCUGUAAAUGGUAACCUGUCAGAUUAAGAUGGAAAAUAUGUAUAAAACCAUUA